UCUUUUUCUAUAGAUGUUUGUGUGUGUUUGUGAAGAGAGAGAGAGAGAGAAAGAGCAUGCGGUAGCAGUGUAUGGUAAAAGAGGAAGUAGUCGAUAUAUAGCAUCUGCAGUCACACUAUCUAGAUGUGUGUGUGUGCGUAUAUAUACACUGGUGGAUCAUCUUAGUGGCAAGUUUAGUUGAACCGAAACCGCCAAACCAGUCAUAUUGGUGUGCCCUUUAUUCGGCUCCGCUCCUAAAACAACAUUCAUUUUGUCAUCAUCAUCAUCUGUCAACACUUAGACCCUCGUACAUUUAACUCUCUGCCAACCACCGGCAUUUGCUGACCAAAUUUUAAGGGGAAAAAAUUGUAAUAAUAAAAACAGCUGUAUCAAUGGUUCGGAACGUUAUUCUCGUUGUGUCGCUACUUGUCGUCUGCGUUUGUGAUCCGGUUGCGGGACUCAGGCAUCGCCGGCAUCAGCAUCAUCAUGAUGGCAGUCGCCAAUCGGAUCAUGGAACGUCGACAAUCGCACCAUUGGCUUCGGAUGAAGAGAAGUUAAACGCGACCAAGACGUCGAGGAAUAUGUUACAAACGAGUCCGAAGGACGCACUGGUCGUCACCAAACGGCGAUUCUUGCGUAAAGAUUGGUGUCAGUCUCAGCCGUUGAUCCAGCGGAUCGGACAGGAUCAUUGUUUGAGCACCACCGUGCUCAAUCGUUUCUGCUACGGACAGUGUAACUCGUUUUUCAUCCCGAAAAAUCAACUGAAAGAAGAAGACAGGACCGAUCAAGAGACGCCGGAAGGGCAUGAGGAUGCGACCGGAGCAGUCGUCAGCGGAGCAGGAAUUACUGGAACAGCCAAAGCCUUUCGAUCGUGUGCCGUAUGUCAGCCAAAGAAAACAAGUUGGGUCACUGUGACUCUCAAAUGUCCCUCGCUCGUACCCAACAUCCGGCGGAGGCGAGUUCUCAUCAUCAACCAGUGCCGAUGCAUGCAACCAGAUUCGACGUCCUCUUCUUCUUCUUCUUAAACUCUAGCAGCAAUGCACAUACCCAUACUGCACUUUGAAUUCAUCACACAUUAUACACGCCUUGUACAUUCCCCAUUAUUCAAGUGAACCUUUCACACACAAAUUUUUUUGUUUAGCCCCAAUCCACCAAACCAUCCGCGUUUCAGUGACCGCUGUUUUUGCGCUUGUUUUUGUUAAUGACUCUAUACCGGAUUUAAUUAUUUUUUUUCAGCCAUUCUCAUUUUCCAACGGACGGCUGUGUUAUAUUAUUUAAUGGAAUCUUGUAUUGUACAUAACAAUAAUAUACCAAAUGA